CCCCGGGACGCACGGAGAUGACGUGUAGAAGCGACCUGGCUCUCAAAUAAUACGUCGUAACAGUUAAACGGACCCGCCAGCAUGCCCUUCGUACACCCGACAGAAAGUAGGGGUUUAAACUGUGAUACCUAAAGUCAGUGGUGUUCAUUUUAUACAUAUAGCUGCUCUGGUCGUCUUUGGGAUACCAGCUGACACUUCCAGAACCAUCCGCCAUUACAGCGACUUAAAGUGGAAAUGGCUUUGGCAGCUUUACACGGCAGGUCAGUUAUAUUUGCCAAACGUAAUAUUCUGUAUAACGUUACAGUGAGGCAAACACGUCUGUUGUUUUCAACUAAUGACACUAUCUCAGAUGGCCAAGGGAAACCACCAUCGAAGAAACAGCUGAGAAAAAGUCAGAAGAAACCUCCCUGUGCGGAUCAUCUGUCCUGGGAAGAAAGGCUGGCUGAUGUGGUCACUCCUCUGUGGAGGCUGAGCUAUGAUGAGCAACUAGAGCUCAAGCAAAAGCGUCAGGAAAUGAUACUGUCUCAGCUCUCCGUGCAUCUCACAGGUGACUUACAAUCACAAUCAUCACCUGUCAGAAGUAAAACCGGCUUCCCUGUCUUGCCUGUUCUGCCAUCGCCAGUGAGGGAUGGCUACCGCAACAAGUCCACGUUUUCUGUUAACAGAGGAGUGGAUGGAAAUACAAAGACAGUUGGUUUUUACGUGGGCACAGGCAGGAAGGGAAACAUCGUCUGCGUCAACGGAGACCACCUGCUCAACGUGCCGGAGAAGCACAAACUGGUAGCCAGGUGUUAUCAGGGAUUCAUCCGUCUCUCGCCCCUGGAGCCUUGCCUGCUGUUCCACACUGGGGGUCACUGGAGAGAGGUCACAGUUAGGACCAACACAGAGGGCCGGACCAUGGCAAUAGUGUACUUUCAUCCACAGGCGCUCACCCGAGAAGAGGUGGCAGUCCACAAGGCUGACCUGGUGGAAUACUUUACGCUGGGGCCGGGAUCGGUCUGUCAGUUGGACUCACUGCUUUUCCAGGAGACCACCAUGACUCGCUGCACUCACGAGGAAUCCCCAUACCAGCUCCUGCAUGGUCAGCCACACAUAUACGAGGAGGUGCUGGGCUACAAAUUCCGCAUUUCUGCCGAUGCCUUUUUCCAGGUGAACCAGACAGCUGCUGAGGUGCUAUAUAGCACAGUGAGACACCUGUGCUUCCCAAACCCUGACGAUGGUGGAGGAGGAACAAAAGUUGGUGGUACUCUCCUGGACGUGUGCUGUGGGACAGGCACCAUCGGCAUCACCAUAUCGCCCAGAGUGGACAGAAUUAUUGGUAUAGAGCUCAUCGAACAGGCCGUGGAAGAUGCUCGACACAACGCAGCUCUCAAUGAAGUGCUGAACUGUGAGUUUAUCCCUGGGAAGGCGGAGGUUGCGCUUCCUGGCGUUAUGUCCCAGUUGAGCUCCGAAGGUGGAGGCCUUGUUGCAGCUGUGGUAAACCCUGCUCGAGCUGGACUGCACCACAGAGUGAUCCGAGCUUUGCGAAACCAACCUGCUAUCCGCAGGCUGGUCUAUGUUUCCUGUAAACCGGAUGGGGAGGCCAUGAGGAACUUCAGGGAGCUGUGUUGUGCCCCUGACCCCCAGAAGAAACUCACAGGAGAGGCCUUUUCUCCAACACUAGCUGUGCCUGUGGACAUGUUCCCACAUACUCCUCAUUGUGAAGUGGUGCUUCUUUUUGAGAGGUAGCAGGGUAUUUUUGUUCAGAGGAGGGCUUCAACCCAUCAACAACUCGGGUUGCUAAUGGGGGCAUUGAAUAAUGAUGUAUGCCAAAUGAUAAUGGAUUAUUUUACAUCCGUGGUUCACCCACACGGGUGUUUUCACUCAUCUGCUUGAUUAAAUCUCCUUUCAGGACUCUGUUUUAGGGCAGUUAUUCAUUUUUUCAUAAAUCUUCUGAUUAAUCUUUUGCUGUAUAACAUCUGAAAAUAGAGUGCAAGGUGGUGCUUUCAAGUUGCUUGUUUUUCACAAAACCAACAAUCCUAAACUCAUAUAUAUCAUUUUACAUUGAUUUAUAAUGAGUUUACACAUUUAAAAAGUUGGAGCGAUCAAAUAUUGCUGCCAUUUCUUUCUGUCUUUCUACAGAUCGAGUAAUCUGCAUUACUGCGUGAGCAUGUGCUGAUUUGACUGAUAAUGGAGAAAAUGUACACCUUUAUUGAUCUGGUUAGUUCAUGAAGUUUGGGGUUUAAUACAAUCUGACAGAUUAUGCAGCCGAUGGACAGUAGAGGUGACAGAGUUGAGUCAAUGCAUCCAUUACACAGUGGGAAUACAUUAUAAACUUUACAACGGUUACAUUUGCUCCUGGGCUAUCGCAUUGGAUUUCAUUAUAUUGUGUUAGAUGUCCAUAUUAUUGUGUCCACCUCCCGUCGUAGGUUGUAGUAUUUCUCUUCGUCUGCCUUGUAGUCGCUGUAUUUGUGCAGCAGAUGGUGCUAAUACAACUUCUUUAGAGACAUCCUUUUUAGG